GCUGCCGCACCCUCACACUCCGCCACCACUGCUGACUCGAACAACACACCCUUCUACACAAGCAUAGCGUGUGACAGAACAUUUCUUAGGAGUUUACUUGUAGCGAACGAAUCCCACUUCAAGGCAGAGACAAGAGGCGGGGCGAGUGCUGAUAUGUAAGCGCAGGGCAGGGUUACUAGUAUGGUGCUGCAAGCCGCACAGCUUCGAAGAAACGAAGCCGUUCGUUUGCUGACGCGAGUUUCCUUGCAGCUGCGAAGCACACCCCGCCUCAGAGGUGGACAACGAUGGUCGCGAUGUACAACAACGACAUGGAGGGAGCACACGGACGCCCUUCUGACGAGGACGUCCCUGAGCACGACGUGCCUCCCUCGGCUCACGUCGCCGAAGACGAAGGACCAGCGAAGAGCGGUGGCCACGGGGCGGCGAUGGCCAGAGCGGAGGAGGAAGUGUCCAAGCAGAACGAGCUCGAUGAAGACCUCAGGAACCCAGCUGACGAAGACUCGACCUCGCACACCGGCACGACGGGGAGCAGCGAGGGCGACGGAACCAGAAAUAGCGCGAGUGGCGACGCCGCCGGUUCCGUCGAGGGCGCUGCCGCAAAAGGGGCGAGCGAAGAAGCGGCCGCGAUUUCUGAAGCCGAGCCCCAGCCGGGACACCCCAGUGAUGACAGUGCGUCUGACGUCACUCUCAGGGGGGCUGAGGACGGCGCAGCGAAGGGGAAUGACGGAGAGGAAAACAAGGAAAACGUUGAUAAUACCCUCAAGGAAACUGACGAGGAGAGUGACACGGAGGACAGCGAGGACGAGGACGCGGCCAGGGACGACGAAGGAGUCGAAUGGCUGCUGAAGAUCGACGACCUAGAGCUGUACAAGAAGGCCAUGAUUCCGGAGCAUUUCUACCUCAGGAUCAGCAGUCCGAAAGUCCUGACCGAGGAACAGCUGCGCCUGGCCCUCGACCGACUCCUCGGGGAACUGAAGUGGCUGCGCCUCGGCUUGAAGCACCGACAGGGCGACUGCUGGAUCUGCUACCUGCCGAAGGCUACGAUGCAGGUUCGGAUCUGCAAUGACGACAGCCUGGGUUACAUCAUGGAGGAACCGCAGCGCUCGCACUACUACCUACAUAACGACCUCCUUUGCACAGUCCACAUCCUUGCCGAUCCUCAAGUGCCCAGAACUUCGCGGGAUAGAAGAAGAGACAAGAAAGCGAAGAACAACAGUGCCGAUAAAGGUGACAGUGCCAGCCUGGACGAUAGAAACCUCACACGUGAUUACAAAUACCUCCUCCUCCUGGCUGGUCCUCCGCCUCUCCUAAACGAAGCUUCCGGCAGACUCAUCAGUGACACCUUUGUAAAACACCUUAAUGAUACCAUAGAAGAGUCUGUUGCACAAGAACCAGUCGUACAAAGCCCCGGUUCCAGCACUGGCAGUGGAGCAGAUGCGAACCUGGACUCUCCCAGUGUGGCUCAAAAUCCCUCUGGUGUGGAUACUCUAAAUAACGCGGGGGGGUUCACUGCUUCUGGAAUUUCCUCCGAAAACGGUAGUUCCAUAGUCUCCGCUGCCUCUGGAGUUUCCGCAGAUAAAGGUAGUUCUGAAGUGUCAGUGAGCACUCCUGGAGUUUCCACUGCUUCCGGAAUUUCCUCUGAUAAAGAUAGUUCUGGAAUGUCUGCGAGUACUCCAGAAGUCUCCGCUGUCUCUGGGGUUUCCUCUGAUAAAGGUAGUUCUGAAAUUUCUGUGAGUACUGGAGUUUCCACUGCUUCCGGAAUUGCUUCUGAAAAGGGUAGUUCUGAAGUUUCUGUGAGUACUGUUGCUGAAAGGCCUAAGGACGGUGUCAGCAAUACUGAAGCCUCCAGUGCGAUUGGUGAGGGUUCCGCUGAUGCUGACAGUAAACAAGAUAAAAAUAGUCCUAGUGAUACUGAAGUUUGCUCAGGUACCGACAGCGUUAAUGUUAGCUUAGAUACCGGCAGUGCUAUGGAUGCUUGCUCAAAUAACGGUGAUAAAAAAGAAAUAUCCUUAGACGAAAUACAGCACAUUAAGACUUUCCUUAGUGAAUUUCAAAAGGAUGUAAAUAACGACGAUUUGAGAUUUGGUGGAGAAAAUGGUGAAGAAAAUGAGGACGACGAUUCGUAUGGGGGUGUUCGUAAAUCACUGGAUUCGUAUGUCAACAAAUGUUUCAUAAACAAGUGUAAAGCAGAACGUGUCAGUUAUUUCAAUGCUUUUGUAGCGUGCGUGAAUGCGGCCGCCGUCAAGCUUUUGGUUGAUGCCGGGCUAGAGUCUGACAGAGAAGUCAUACUUUUCCAUAAAGUGAACGUACGCUUCCCUUGGCCACGCCAGGAAUGGUGGACGGACAGAGACGACGACGGCAACGAUGCCGAUGGCGACGAGGAGGACGACGAGGACGAUUACACGUCGUCUGGCCAAGAAAGGUCAGUUGUCAAGGUGAGCACAGUGCCCAGCUCAUGGCAGACCUUCUUCUGGAAAACAGCUCAAACAGUAAACAGCAAACAGUGGGAAGCAGCAGAAGCCGAGAAGCCUGAAAUGCCAAGGAAGAUCCGACCCCCAAACGAGGAGGAGGUGGGCGAACAAGACGAGGGCCCCUGCGUCGCUGAUAUUCACUUAUCCGUCCCGAACAUAACCGAGACCUUCGAGUUCAGUGCGCAGAGGCAGCUCUUCAAAAUCACAACCAUUAGGAAGCUGACGUUCGUUCACCAAUUCCUCAUGACGUUCAACAUCAACCUUUAUAUUGACACCGAGAGUGGAAAUCUCGGUUUCUACCUCAAUCAUUCUACGGUGUUUAAUUCUAGAGCUAUAAAGAUCAGAUUUGCCGAACUCAUUUUGGCAGUUCUAAAAAGGUCCUUGCAGUUAUGAUCGAAAACUCCCAUAGGCUUCCGUAAAAAGAUACGUAUGUUAAUAUAAGCAGUGUUAGAUAUUGCGUAUAUAAAUACAUCCAAACCAAAGAUAUAUAUAUAUAUAUAUAUACAUAAACUUGUAAUUACUCAAAGUGCCGUGGAACCUGCAAGCAUUUAUUGUGCCUCAGAGGUCUUGGCUGUACACUCGUUCCUUCUUUGCACGUACAUGUAUCUCUCGCAUAAUAACCGUAUGUAUGUGAUAUUUAUGGUGCUAAAACUAUUGUUAAUUGAGUGGUGAUUUUAUGCAGCACUUCACACGGUCUCUCUCUCUCUCUCUCUCUCUCUCUCUCUCUCUCUCUCUCUCUCUCUCUCUCUCUCUCUCUCUCUCUCUCUCUCUCUCUCUCUCUCUCUCUCUCUCUCUCUCUCUCUCGUUUGCUUCCUAUCUCUUGCUUUAUUCUCUUUUAUUAUCUCUCCCUUUCUUUCUCCCUCUCCUCCCCUAGAUAUUUUCUGAAAGAAAUGCAUUUGAUUCCAUCAUCUGCUUUACAUAUGAAUCUUAUUGUUACUUAAUGGCAACUCGGUGAAACCUUGAUCUGAAAUAAUAAUCAUUGAAAUUUAUUUUUAAUACUGUUUAUUUAGGAAUUCUUUUGAGUAUGGAGACGUCACCAAAACUGCUGUUUGUUUUUGUAAAGUUUUUGUAAUGUGACAGUUUACAAUUAAACAAGAAGAAAAUAAAGGAUUUUUUAUGCUA